AUGUCUUUUCUCAGGACUGUUUUCAAUGACUCUCUCAUCAUUCAUCCUCCAGGCUUCUAUAUCAUCGGAUUUGAGACAUUUCCCUUCAUUAGUGUCUACUUCAUCUUUCUAGCGUUUGUCUAUGUGGUCACACUGCUGUUCAAUAUUUUAGUGAUCUACGUAAUUGCCUUUAAUCGUUGUUUACACACUCCAAAAUUUCUGGCUGUGGUAAACCUUGCGGUAAUUGAUGUAAUCUUAAACUCAAGCACUAUUCCCAGCAUGAUAAAGAUAUUCCUCGUCAAGGCCAACUUUGUUCCAUUCAACCUCUGUCUGUUGCAAAUGUUUGUCUACUACACUUUUGUGGUUUUGGAGUCAUAUGCACUCGCUAUACUUGCUUAUGACCGUUUGAUUGCAAUAUGUUUCCCUUUGCGUCACAACUCCAUCAACACAAUGCGGAGCAUGUCAUGUAUUGUCGGCCUGACUUGGUGUUAUGCUCUGGGAGUAAAUGCAUUUUCAACAGGUAUAAUGACUCAACUGUCUUUUUGUAAUUCUGUCAGAGUUUUCAGCUAUUUCUGUGACUAUGCGCCUGUGUUUAGACUCGCCUGUAAUGACUACACAAUGCAGUGGUUUGCAGCUUCUUUUUUCACUGUUUUGCUCCUUGUAGUACCCUUUACUUGUAUUCUCCUGUCUUAUGUGAGCAUUUUGGUGACUGUAUUCAGGAUGAAAUCUUUAGACAGUCGAGUGAAAGCUCUGGCCACUUGUGUUGAGCAUAUCAUCCUUGUUGCUGUAUUUUACAUUCCUCUUAUUACCAUUUUUACUAUCGGGUUUUAUCUGGGUCUGAUUGACCCGGACCAGCGUGUGCUGAGUCUGUCGAUGGCCUCUUGCAUCCCACCCUGCGUCAAUCCCAUUAUAUAUUCUUUGAAAACCAAAGAGAUCAAAAUCAGAGCCCUUGCUAUGAUGGGAACAAGAAAAUAUUCAACAUCUUUCCUGUCCAUCGAUUAG